CCAGCUCCAUCGGCCGCUUCCCGAGGCCGCAUCAGUCACAAUUGACAAAUAAUUAAUAAUUAGCCCCCCAAAAAGUCCAUCAACAAAUGUCCAGUUACGUGUUACCGUUAAUCCAGUGAUCUCCCCGCAUAAUUAUCACCCAUUCAAUAAUUACGGGCGGGUAACUUGAAUAUAUUUGGCUGAUUCUAUCCACGAAGGAAACGAAGAGAAAAAAAAUUCUGUGGGCAAUGAGAUUGUGAGGUGGAAAGUGGUGAUUUUAUGUGAAGGAAUAUAUACAUAUAUAUAAAUAUAUACGUAAGUGUGAGGCCAAUCCGCAUCACAAGCGGUUUCGUCCCCCAGUACAUGGACUUAUGUUGUUUGAAAACGCACGAACUCUAUUGUUUGAAAGAAAUUUACAUAAUGUUUAUAAAUAAAAUGAGAAUACGAGGAUAUGCAGAAGGAAUACAUCUGGGUCAGGCUCGAAGUUUCAAGUGAUUUAACAGGACAUCCAAUCAUUAAAAUGCCGAAUAUAUUGAGAAAAGUUGUUUAAAAAUGAUGAUAUAAACUUUUCUAGAGCCAUUGUUACUAUUUUACCAUAAGUUUUCUCAAGGACUGCUUCACAAAAUGGAGUAAUUGCUGAUAAAUCGAAAAAAAAAAAUUAUAAUUCAAUAAUAAUUGGUUGAGACCUAGUUAAUUACUGUCUUCAUGACUCACAAAUGGACUUGAUAAUGUACAUCGUGUUUUCAUCCGUGAGACAAAUGCCAAAGGCCUGAGUAUAAUUGUCAACUGUGGACAUUGUUUAAAUAAUUAAUUCGCUUGUAUCUGGAUAGCUUUUGGCCACAGUUCAAUAACAUUUAUAUAAAUAAUGCAAAAUUAUUUGAUCCUAUCGAGUCUUACAUGUCAGCAAUUAUGGUGUUGUUAUUAUUAUGUGAAUUGUAUGGAACUAUUUUGUCGCCGUGAAAAAAGACAUUUAUUGACGCACUGGGAUACCGGAUGAGAGAGCAUCACAAUUAACUAGUCACUAUCAAAAAUCCAUUAAUAAAUGAAGGAAAUUUAUUGAUUGAUUGACUGUUUGAAUUCAAGAAAUAAUCACUAAAAUGGACAAUAAUGUUGAUGGAGACAAUUUGAAUCUGAGCUGCGGUGAGAAUGACAUGGGGGAUGAGUUGAAAAUUGGAGCUGACGAGACAUACGAUACGAGAAGUGAGGUAUCCUCUAGCUCAUCGGAUUCAGACUCGACACAACCGAGUAUAAGUUCAGUAUCGACAAAAUCAUCUCGUGGUGACAAUAAACGCAAUCGUAGAACACGUCUUGGUAAACGCGGUCGCUCGCGUGAUUCGAAAUCAUCGAGUCCCGAGGUAAAACGUGCCAGAUCCAAGGAUAGCAAAGCAACACCAAAAAACUACGACUACACCACUAAACUCAAUUACUUGUUUAGAGAUGCGAGAUUUUUCAUCAUCAAGUCCAACAACGCUGAGAAUAUAACUCUCUCCAAGGCCAAGGGAGUCUGGAGUACUCUACCGCAGAAUGAAGCUAAUCUCAAUCAGGCUUACAAGGAGUCGAGGAAUGUUCUUCUCAUUUUUUCGGUCAAAGAGUCGGGAAAAUUUGCGGGAUUCGCCAGGUUGAGCACUGAGUCGAGAAGAGAUGGGGCACCUAUUUCGUGGGUACUGCCGCCAGGAUUAUCAGCAAAAGCUCUUGGAGGUGUAUUCAAGGUGGACUGGGUAUGUAGAAAAGAAUUACCAUUUACAUCUACCCUCCACCUGUACAAUCCCUGGAACGAUGGAAAGCAGGUGAAAAUAGGCCGCGAUGGGCAGGAGAUCGAGCCUAGAGUUGCUGAAGAGCUCUGCAGAUUAUUUCCAGAAGACGAUGGUAUCGAAAUGACACCAAUUCUACGAAAAUCUAAAGAGGCAGCGAAGAAUGUUGUAAAAACAUCAAGAAGAACUAGAAUAACCCGUCCAGUGGGGAUAUCCUCACGAUUCCUGAGAACACGUGGUGGUGCACGAGGUGGACGACGACUUUUUUUGACAUCAAGAUCUCGAUUGGCUUCACUAGCAAGAAGUGGACAUUUGCCUGAUCAAAGGGGACCUGGGGACUACAACCAUCGCUACUCCUCGUGGUUCAAUCGAGGAGAUAGCUCUUACUCCAAGAGCUAUGGCACAUCGAGCAUCGCAGCUGCAGCUGAAGCCUACGUGGCAGAUUACAUGCGAACAAUGCAGCACCAAUUACCCCCAUUACCUCCCUACAAUACUCCUUACGAUUCCAUACCCCCGCCUCCACCACCUCCACGUUAUUACGACGGUUUACCUCUUUACACUGGCUCAAGCUCCCUCGACAAACGCAGCUACGAGCGCAGUGUCGACGAGUUUCUGUGGCGAACAGCAAGCCGACACAGUCGUCACAACGAGCAUCGAUCAUCCCGCGAUCAUCACCACAGACAUCGCGAUCGCAGAUGAAUCCAGUGAAAAAUAAAAAUUCCUUCGAUUUUUCGUUUUAUAAAAUUAUCCGGUGGAGCUCAUUAUUUCGUCAAUUUAUUUUAUCACCGCACGAAGAAAUAGUAAGUGAAUGCUCAUCGAAUUAAAUCGAAUCGAAUAAUCGAGCCAAUCAAUUUGUAAUUUACGUAUUUGAUUGAAUCUUUCCACUGCACGAAAUAGUGAUGGAUCUGUGGCAAUCACUGCCUAUUGAUUGUUGUAGAUUUAAAUUUAAUUUGAAUAUUCGGAUAAAUGAGUGCUUGCGACAGAUUUAAUUUAAGAUUAGGUAGUAAAUACCACGCAUAAGAGAAUACUGGAAUAAGUAGGCUAGUGAGAGCAGCGUGCGCCUUGAGUGGAUGAAAAAAAAACGAUCUUCUCUAGUUACUAUAGUACAUAAACUCAUACUUAUUCAAUUUUUUAAGCUACACAGUGGAAUAAACAACUUGGCAUUGGCAUGAAA